UCGCGUUUCGCAGCCACUGACUUUGACAAGUGCGUGCGGCUCCAUUCAAUCUCCUCACACUAAUGGAAUAAUAGACGACGAUGGAGUUCUUCUGGGGACGUGUCUUCUUCACUGUUAUAGUCAUUUCUUACAGAAUCCAGCCCUUGAAGUGCUUCAACGUCGGCACCGCAGGCGCCAAGAUCUUCAGCGGGCCGGCUUCAGAGGAGUUUGGCUACGCGGUCCAACAAGUGACGAACCACGAAGGCAAAUGGCUCCUGGUCAGUGCCCCGUGGAGUGGUUUCAGUCGAAACAGGAAGGGGGAUGUUUACAAGUGUCCAGUCUCGGGCUCCAGGAACAGCUGUGACCGGCUCAAUCUUCAAGAUUCUGUUAGUAUCCCGGAUGUAAAAAACGUUGCAGACGAGAUGUGCCUUGGUUUGACUCUUACCCGGAUGUCUGCUGUCAACGAUUUGAUGAUGUGUGGUCCUCUUUGGGGACAACGGUGUGGAGAUCAGAACUUCUACCCAGGAAUAUGUGCAAGAAUGAGCCCCCUCUUUAAACCUCAACCCGCCUUCUCUCCUGCCGUCCAGUCAUGCGGAGGGCCGAUGGACAUUGUGAUUGUUUUGGACGGCUCCAACAGCAUUUACCCAUGGCCUCCAAUAAACGAGUUCCUCCGGAAAUUAAUACCUGCGCUCGACAUCGGGCCCAAAAGCACACAGGUCAGCGUCAUUCAGUACGGCACUGAUCCCAAGUUUGAAUUCAAACUCAAUGAGUACAAAACCAAAGACGAGGUAAUGGCUGCAGCAUCCAGAAUCACACAAAAGUAUGGUUCCUCUACCAACACCUUCCAUGCCAUCCAAUACGCCAGUCAGUGGGGUUUCCACAAAAGCAAUGGCGGUCGACCAGGCGCCGCCAAGGUCAUGGUGGUCGUCACUGAUGGGGAGUCUCACGACGUGGAUUUCAGAGAAAAUGUCCUUGCCGACUGCGAGAGGCAAGGGAUCACCCGCUUCGGUAUCGCUGUCCUGGGUUAUUACUCCAGAAACAACAUCAACACAGACAACCUUAUAAAAGAAAUCAAGUCCAUCGCCAGCGUACCAGAAGAGAAGUAUUUCUUCAACGUGUCGGAUGAGAAGGUCCUCUCCACCAUCGCUGGAACAUUGGGGAGCCGCAUCUUCAACAUAGAAGGCACUGGGAAAGGGGGCGACAACUUCGAGAUGGAGAUGUCCCAGGUCGGAUUCAGUGCUCACUACUCCAGCCAACAGGAUGUGAUGAUGCUGGGAGCAGUGGGGGCCUACGCUUGGAGCGGGACUGUCGUCCAUCAAAAGGGGUCAAAAGCAGACGUUCUCCCCUCUUCAGCCUUCGCGGGAACACUUCAAGACAGAAACCACAGCUCAUUACUGGGUUAUUCCGUCACCACACUGAGCGACGGACUUACAGAAUACUUUGUGGCCGGCGCACCUCGCUCCAACCACUCCGGACAAGUUAUCGUCUACACUGUCAACGCCCAGAAGCAAACUGCUAUCAUUGACUCAGAGAGAGGGAAACAGAUUGGGUCAUACUUUGGGAGCGUCCUGUGCCCCCUGGACGUGGACAAAGACGGGGUGACGGACCUCCUGCUGGUUGGUGCGCCCAUGUUCAUGAGCGACCUGAAGAGAGAGGAAGGCAGGGUCUACCUCUUCUCUGUCACCAAGGGUAUACUGAACGAGAACGGGAUCCUCAGAGGUCCGCCCCCGACUGAGAACGCACGCUUUGGGAUGGCCAUCUCUGCCAUUCCUGACCUGGACCUCGACGGCUACAACGACGUUGUGGUGGGAGCUCCGCUGGAGGACAAAGGGAAAGGUGUCAUCUACAUCUACAACGGGGAGAAGAAGGCAUUAAACAAACAGUUCUCACAGAAAAUCCUUGGCUCCAAACUUGAUCCUCAGUUGCAGUAUUUUGGAAGGUCCCUAGAUAGCUACAAAGAUCUGAAUGACGAUACGCUCCCUGACAUCUCCAUUGGCGCAUAUGGCAAAGUGGUGCAGCUCUGGUCCAGAGGUGUGGCGUCCGUCUCGGCUAAAGUCACUUUCAACCCCGAUAAAAUCAACAUCUUCAAUAAACCCUGUGACAUUAAUGGGCGCAAGCUUUCGUGUAUCAACACCAACCUUUGUUUCAAUGCUGCGUUCAGGCCUAAGAACCCUGUUGGACCCAUUGCUAUAUCUUACACUUUGACUCUUGACGCUUCAAGAGUGACGUCUAGAGGACUGUUCACUAAAAGCAAUGAACGCUUCCUUACAGAAAAAGCAAAAAUAUCAUCUACGCCCCUAUGUCUGGACUACCAGUUCUAUAUUCAGGAGGCGCCAGACUUUGUCAAUUCCCUCAGUCUCAAAGUAGAAAUCGAGCAGCAGAAUGCAGAUGUGAACCCUGUCCUCGAUAUGUUUUCUCCAAGUGCCUGGGAGUUCUUUGUCCCCUUCACCAAAGAAUGCGGCUCCGACAAAGUGUGUGUCAGUGAUUUGGUGCUGAGUGUGAAGACAGACACGAAAGCUUCCAGCUCAGCUCCCUUCCUGGUCAGCGCCAACAACCGGGAGCUGUCGUUUGAAGUCGUCGUGAAGAACAAAAAGGAGAACGCGUACAACACUCAGGUCGUGGCGACCUACUCCGGCAACCUCUUCUACUCCUCCGUCUUUCAUCCUACGGAUGGAGUCGAAUGCACCUCAACACAAACGCAAACCGUCACCUGCCAAGUGGGAUACCCGGCUUUAAAACCAGGUCAAGAAGUGAAAUUUCAGAUGAAUUUCGAUUACAAUCUUGACCAGUUGCAAAACCCAGCCGAAGUGAAGUUUGAGGCCAUGAGUGAUGGUAAAGAAGAAAGACCUGCAGACAACAAGGCGAACAUGAUCAUUCCUGUGCGAUAUGAUGCAGGGAUUGUUUUAUCUAGGCAGUCCAAUAUCAAUUUCUACGUGGCAGAUGCCGCCGUUCCCGUGGUAACAACGGUGACAAGUCUUGAUGACAUCGGCCCAGAGUUUAACUUCACAGUGAAGGUUUCAACAAGUAACUUCCCCGUCAGCCUCCUGUAUCUGACCAUCGGUCUGCCAGUGACCACUAAAGGUGGAAAUCAGCUCCUCUAUGUAACAAGUGUGGACACGGAAACGGGUGGUGCUGUCAGCUGUGACUCCAGCAGCCUGGUGGAUCCUCUGAAGAUCAAAGGGAAGAGCCACAAAGUGUCCUUCUCCAAGGAGAGUCUCAGAGGAAUGGAGAAACUGGACUGCAAAAGUGCAAAAUGUGAGUACUUAAAAUGCAUCCUCAAGGACACCGAGAUUAAAGGCGACUACUUUGUGAAGGUCAAAACAAGGAUCUGGAGUGGCACCUUUAUUUCGGCCACCUAUCAGACCAUCGAGCUGACCUCCGAUGUCAACGUCGAGACCUCGAACCCUGAUCUGCUCGUCAUCGGCCUCAAGCAUCUACCGGUGGUGCUGACAAUCAGUAAACCCGGAGAGAAAGGCGAGGUCCCAGUGGGAGUGAUAGUCGGCAGCGUCGUUGGCGGACUGCUGCUAUUGGCUCUGGCCGUCGGGCUGCUGUGGAAGUUUGGGUUCUUCAAAAGAAAGUACCAGCAGCUUCGGAUGGAGGCCGAUGAAGACGCCCAGAGCCACCCGCAUGUGGACGAAGUGCUGUGAGCUGAGGAAGAAACCCCCCACAGCCUUCUCUCCUCACUGGAUCGUAUCCAGCGUGGAACACUGGUAACACGUCACUGGUUCACGUAAAGUGCAAACAGACUGCGGCUCAAUCACUGGACGUUUGGUAUUCUUUUGAUAAAAUGGAGACUGUGUAGUUCGUGGAUAACUGGGAUUUGAUCCUCUGUCCACUUUUUGUUUUUUAUACAGAGGAUUAUAGUAUUAGUCUUAGUUUUUUUAAGCUUUGUGGACUGUACAUUGACAAGUUGCUGUUGUGCACUUACUUUGUAUGAACUGUAUUUUUUUCCAACGUGAAAGAACAGAAUUCUUUUUUUGGGGGCCCUGAGAUGAAGUUGAUUUGGAGUUUUACACUGUAAAGGCAUCUAAUUUAUUCCCUGCCUUUUGCUUUGACAACUUCAGGGCAACAUGGUCGAGAAAUAACAGUUUCAAUAAGAAAUCACACACGCUGUCAUCCCGUAGCACAACCUGCUCUGAGAUCCACUGUUUCUUCUGGCACUCAGGGUUUUUCUUGCCGUAAACAAUUGCUAUUGUUUAAGAAUUGAAAUUAGUUGCUCUGUUUGUACUGUACAUACUGUAAGAUAAAAUUAUUAUCUUUCAUACUGGGUUUUAUAUUGUGAAAAGAUUAGAGGCAAUAUGGGUCAAUGGAGUAGCUACAUGUGUUGUUGUUGUUAUUGAUGAUAUUUUGUUUGUUUUUUACCAAUAGGGGCACAAUUUGUCAGAUGUGAAUAUUUCAGUAGCAUAUUGUGUUUUGAU